AUAAAUUACACAAGGCAACUGUCCCCUGAAGCAAGAUUGUCUUCCCGCGUCUCGCUCCCCGCCAGCUGGUCGCGGUCCGCACACCACUGGCACUGUUGACAUUGCAUGGCCUGGCCCUAACUGGUGGGGAAGUUGGAGGAGGAAGGAUGAUGCUGAAGGCGCGCCAGGCUGCCAGGGGAUGGUGGGGCAUGAGGUGGUACAGUGCCGCGUCAGUGCCAUCCUUUGACGUGGUAGUGGUGGGCGGCGGGCAUGCAGGCACGGAGGCGGCGGCGGCGGCGGCCAGGAUGGGGGCCAAAACGCUGCUUAUCACCCACAAGAAGUCCACCAUUGGGGAGAUGUCUUGCAAUCCUUCCUUUGGUGGCAUUGGCAAGGGGCAUCUCAUGAGGGAGGUGGAUGCUCUUGACGGCUUGUGUGCGCGUGUGUGUGACAUCUCUGGCGUGCACUACAAGGUGCUGAACAAAAGGAAGGGGCCAGCGGUGUGGGGUCUGCGUGCCCAGAUUGACCGCACCCUUUACAAGCAACACCUUCAGAGCGAGCUGUUCGCCAUGCCCAACCUCACCAUCACCGAGGGGGCCGUGGAGGAUCUCUGGGUGACUGAAGGUGGCUCACCCAUCACCAGUGCCGGGGACGUGGUGGCACAGUGUCGUGGUGUGGUGAUGGGAGAUGGGCAGGCGAUUGGCAGCAGUAGUGUCGUCAUCACCACUGGCACCUUUCUGAGAGGCACCAUCAACAUCGGUCUGGAGACUCGGCCAGCUGGCAGGAUGGGGGACGAACCGGCUGUGGGUUUGGCUAAGACACUGGAGAGGCUGGAGUUCCGACUAGGACGCCUCAAGACUGGCACACCACCCCGCAUAGCCAAGAACACCAUUGACUACUCCCAGUGCAUCAUACAGGAGCCUGACCAACCCCCUGUGCCCUUCUCCUUCCUGAACACAAAGGUGGCCAUCAGGACAGAGGAACAGCUGCCUUGCCACCUCACCUACACAGGCCCAGAGGUGGAGCAGCUGGUACGUGACACACUCCAGCAGAACAGACAUGUCAUGGAGGAGACAACAGGGCCACGGUACUGCCCCUCUAUAGAAUCCAAAGUUCUGAGGUUCUCUGGGCGACGUCACCAGGUGUGGCUGGAACCGGAGGGGUGGGAGGGUGGGGAUGGGGCACGGGUGUAUCCCCAAGGAGUGUCCUGCACCAUGCCAGCCCCACAGCAGCAGGCACUCCUCAGGCUGAUCCCCGGCCUGCAGCACUGCGAGAUGGUUUGUCCAGGCUAUGGGGUGGAAUACGACCAUAUAGACCCCCGUGAACUGACCCCACAGCUGGAGACGAAUCGUGUGUCGGGUCUCUUCUUGGCAGGUCAGGUCAAUGGCACCACAGGGUAUGAGGAGGCAGCAGCACAGGGGGUCAUCGCGGGUGCUAAUGCUGCGGCUAAGGCACUUCACAGGGAGGGCCUCACCGUGGACCGCACUGAAGGCUACAUAGGAGUAUUGAUUGAUGACCUGACCACCCUCGGCACCACAGAGCCUUAUCGCAUGUUUACCUCCCGUGCUGAGUUCAGGUUCCUGCUGCGGCCUGACAAUGCUGACCUCCGCCUCACUGAGAAAGGGUACCAGGUGGGCUGUGUGUCAGAAAAGCGGCACAGGAUCACACAACACACACGCCAGCAGUUGUCAGAGGCAGUGAACAUGUUGAGGGAGGAUGUGAGGAGCUUCAAGGCAUGGGCAAGACUUCUGGGCCGUCCUUUACCCAAGCCAGCCACUUUCAAGAGUGGCUUACAGUUCCUGGGCAUAAAUUCUUGGGACAUCACGCUGGAAGAAAUAGCACAAGCAGAUCCCAAGUACACGCCCUUCUGCAGCGAUCCAAGACUGGCAGAGAGGGUGAAGAUCGAGGCUGUUUAUGAUGAGUUUAUAGCAGUGCAGAGGGAGGAGGUUGAGGCUGUAAGGAGGGACCACGCUCUUGCCAUCCCUGCUGAUAUUGAUUACUAUGAUCGCUCACUGAACCUGUCAAAUGAAGUAAGAGGGAAGCUGCAGCAAGCCCGGCCAGCCACGGUGGCCGCCGCGUCGCGCCUGGAGGGCAUCACUCCGGCUGCCCUCCUGCACCUCAUGCGCUUCGUCAAACGCAGCGACAACAAAUACUCGGAUCUCCUGUAGAGAGCUAGAGAGAAGACCUGCCAUCUGUGAUCUGUGAAUCUCCUCUUGCUAUCCCUUAAGGGUGCUGAUUUACAUAUUUAUUUAUUGUACGUUUUACCACACUUUUGUCCUUAUCAUCAUUUGUAUAUCAUCAGCCUCAUCUCAUCACCAUUUGUAUUUAUUAACUCAUCUGUAGUGAGUAGUGUGUGUGAUGUACAGUCAGCUCCCUACUUGGUGAAGCAGUUUUCCUACUUUUAAUUCUAACAAAUAAAUACACCAUGCACAGUGUGGUUUAUUUAUGUCAUGUUCUGUAUAGAUAGAUAAAUUAUUUGAGUUGUUGUGUGUACAGUGUUGUAUUGUAUUUUUGUUCUUCAUUUUCAUAUUUUUUUGUUGCCAUCUGUGUACCUAGGUACUUGAACUGUUCAUAUUAGAUUUCUCGAGGCAUUUAAUUAAUAAAAUCCUUUGGGUGAAUAUAUUUGAUAAACGGUUAUCUAUUA